AUGCCAGCACUUCCUGCUGCUGCUGCUGCUGCUGAUGCUGAUUCUGCUGCUGUUGAGGAUGGGGCGGAGGCCGCAGAGGCGCAGCUCCAAAAAGCGCAGCAGCAGCAACAGCAGCAAAAACAGCAACAGCAGCACCACCAACAGAAAGAACAGAAACAGCAGCAGCAGCAGCAACAGCAGCAGCAGCAGCAGCAGCAGCAGCAACUUACUGGUAUUGAACUUCAAGGCCCGUAG